AUGCAUUGGUUAGUUACUGACAAUAAUCAGUUGUCUUCUGUAGUGAAUAAUCCAGCCAUGAAUUUCUCUUCGAUUGCGCCUUUAAGUGGAGGAAAUUUCAAGAAAUGGAAACAAGACAUCGAGAUUGUCCUGGGCCUGAUGGACGUCGAUUUGGCACUGAGGGAGGAAGAGCCUGAACCACUCACUGAUGUUUCAACUGCUGAACAGAGGUUGAAACAUGAGAAAUGGGAGAAAGCUAAUAGGAUGUCAUUGAUAGUCAUGAAAAGGACCAUGAGUGAGACUGUGCGUGGAGGAAUUGUUGCUGAUGACAAAGCCAAAGACUUCCUGGAGGCAAUUGGGGCAAAGUACAGGGAAUUAGAGAAGGCUGAAAAUGGGGAAUUUGAUGACCACUCUCACCACACUCAAGUUUGA